AUGCAGACAAGUACGGUUCAAGUGAAGCAACUUUCAGAUCUAGCUACUGAGAGAGAGAUUUACGAAUUCUUCUCGUUUUCUGGAGAAAUUGAAAACAUUCAGAUCGUUAGAGAAUAUGGAAAACCAAAGACUGCAUUUGUGACGUUUAAAGAUCCAAAAGCACUUGAAAUUGCGUUAUUGUUGUCGGGAGCAACAAUAGUAGACCAGAUUGUGAGUAUAAGUCCCGUUGAAAACUAUGUCGCUAAUCGUGAGAUGCAAGAAGCAAGGGUGGGGGAACAUGCUAUAACAAUUGCUCCGUCUGAAGAUGCCGCAUUGAAUUCUGAGGAGGAGAAACCCGGUGGAAGAGUAUAUCUUAGUAAAGCACAAGAUGUUGUUACGAAUAUGCUGGCAAAAGGAUCAGCGAUAAAACAAGAUGCCGUGAACAAAGCUAAAGCAUUUGAUGAGAAGCAUCAACUGACCGCCAAUGCAUCAGCAAAGAGGUUACAUGUUUCGGAUAAAACAAUGGCAGCAAUAUUUGCAGCCGAGAGGAAGUUGAACGAUACUGGGUCAGCUGUCAAAACAAGCAGAUACGUGACUGCCGGAACAUCAUGGCUAACGGGUGCUUUUAGCAAGGUGGCGAAAGCCGGAAACGUGGCUGGUACUAAAACUAGAGAAAAGUUUAAUAUGGCUGUUUCAAACUUGACAACAAAGGAUACCUCAUUGGUUGUAUAG